UCACUCCUCCUGCUGACCUGCACGUAGGGACCUCUCGCCUCUCUUUGCCUCUCUCCAAAACUCAACAUGAACGGCCACUGCAACAGCAACGACGUCGUGGAUGUCCAUAUCAACAACGGCUUCAGCGAAAUCAUCAUCGACACCAAAAAGUCCACCGUGCACCGACAGCACGAGACCUCCCGCAAAGAGGCAGAGGACAAGUCCCGUCUCCCGGCCAUCGAGGCGGCGUACACGUGCAUCCUCCGCGAGCUCGGGGAGGACACGGACCGAGAGGGGCUCCUCCGGACUCCGCUCAGAGCCGCUAAGGCCAUGCAGUUCCUCACCAAGGGCUACCACGAGACCAUCUACGACGUUUUAAAUGAUGCGAUUUUCGACGAGGACCACAACGAGAUGGUGAUCGUGAAGGAUAUAGACAUGUUUUCCCUCUGCGAGCAUCACCUGGUGCCUUUCUUUGGCAAGGUCCACAUCGGAUACAUCCCAAACAAAAAAGUAGUGGGACUCAGCAAACUGGCCAGGAUUGUGGAGAUUUACAGCCGCAGACUUCAAGUUCAAGAGCGUCUGACCAAGCAGAUUGCGAUGGGGAUUUCAGAGGCUCUGCAGCCGCUGGGAGUGGCUGUGGUCAUCGAGGCAGCGCACAUGUGCAUGGUGAUGCGCGGGGUGCAGAAGAUAAACAGCCGUACGGUGACCAGCACCAUGUUGGGGGUGUACCUGGAGGACCCCAAGACGAGGGAGGAGUUCCUGACCCUGACAAACAAAUCCUAAACUCCGUCACAGCGUCCACUCCUCCUCCGCCUCUGAAGAAUACUGCUCUGUGAGGAUCCUGCUGAACCACUAUUGUUUAAAGUCAUGGUUUGGGUUUCUGAAUAGGAAAUCAUUUUUGGCUUUAAUAACAAAACUUUAUAUUUUCCUAUACUCUAUACUCUAGAAUCUCAUUAAUAGUAGUAUUCAAAACAUACAUCCAUUUUACUUGACAGCAAUUACAAUUUUUAUUUGACUGCCUAUAACAUUUACAAACCUACUAAUGAACCCAAACUAUCACUUUUACACGAGCUAAUUGCGUAACAAAAACUCAGUGUUUACUUUUUUAAUCCUUUCUUGACACUAACUGUUGUCUAAUUGUUACGAAAAUUUGCUCCAAAUGUAGGAUCCAACAAUUUCUCUACUACCAUCAGACAGACUCCUUACCAUUUUAGGAUUUUGAGCCAUGUGUGAGGAUGUGUUUUUCACUGUGAAUGAAAUUUGGUGCCUUGAAUUAUUAAGAUUGUACGGCCUUAAAACAGUCUUACCUUUUUUCAGUGCAAUUUUUGUUUUUGUUUUGAUGUUCACAUCUUCAUUGUUUCCUUGUUACCACGGGGAAUCCUCUGGUGCUGUUACAAAGGUUUUUAAUGUUUUAUCUUUUCACAAAACUGUAUUUAAGCAUACAAAUGUUUUUAUGGUCCUUGUAACAUACUGUACGACAUUUUUAAGUGUAAACUGUAAAGAUUAUUUCUGAAAUAAUGCAAAGAUAUGUAGCCUGUAGCAGUGAUCUCUGUAGCAUGUAAUUUAGAGUUUCAUUGAAUUAAAUUAGAUUAAG